UUCAUUUUUCUGUGUUUCUGGGGGUUCUGUCUCCUCCCUGCUGCCAAGCUGGAUUUUCUGCAGGUGAAGCAUCUGAAGAGGAAGAGGAAGAGUAAUUACAGUGUGAGAGAGACACAGACUCUCAUCAGGGAGAUCCACAAGAGAAGGGAUGUGUUGUUCUCCAGACAGCAGAACACAGCCAUUAAUGAGCUGAAGAGACAGGCAUGGGAGGAAGUGGCACGAGGCGUCAAUUCACUUGGGGAAGGAGAGCUGCGCACUGCUGCUGAGGUGAAGCGCCGUUACCUGGACUGGCGUUCGCUGAUGAAGAGAAAACAGCUUCAGGCUGAGCUCUCUCUCUCCUCCUCAUCCUCCUCUUUGCCCAUGAAGACAGAGUAUGAUCCAUCUUCCCCUGAGCAUGAGGCGGCCUCUCUGGGAUCUGGGUGUGACCAGCUGCUCGACCUCUCGGGCUUCCCAAAGGACUGUCACUGCGACUGGCCGGAGCUGGCGUCUCUCAGCGAGCCGAGCGGGCAGGCCAUGAUGGCACCGCUGGGCGUGAAGAUGGAAGAUGAUGUUGUUGAAUACAGACUGGAUGGCGAUAUGAGAGAUGGAGAUGGGGAAUUAGAUGAAGAUGACAUUCCCUCCCUCCUGAGCGACAUUGAGUCACACAGCGACGGACACAUUGCCGAGGUCUACUCCCACAACGACUUCGAGAUACUCAGCUCCUCUAAAGCUCCGACCUCAACCACCAGCCGAGACCUGCCGUCGGCUGGUGGCCUGAUGGGGAUAUCAGCUCAUGCUUUUGGUGGACUAUCCAGUCACGAGAACAUGGGAGCGGGGAUUCUGGUUACUGUGGAAAAACAGCGUUUGGAGCUGGAGAAACAGCGCCUGGCCGUGGAAACUGAACGCCUGGUAGUGGAGAAAGAGCGGCUGGUGGUGGAGAAGGAGCGACUCCGUCAAAUGGAGGUAGAGCGGGAGCGGCUGCAGCUGGAGAGAGAGAGAUUACAGGUGGAGAGGGAGAGACUGAGAGUUGUGCUACGCCAAUCGGAACACGUCGACUCCCCUUUUAACCUGCCACAACAACAAGGCCCCCCCUCUUCCUCCACGUCGUCUUUAUCCUCCACUCAUGACGGACAGAGGGAGAGAGAGAAGCAAGGUAAAGGGUGGAUGUCAGUGGUGGAUCUGGAGACAGAGCGGAUAAAACUGGAGAAGGAGAGACUGCAGUUAGAGAAAGAGAGACUGCAGUUUUUCAGAUUUGAGGCAGGCAGACUGCAGAUCGAAAGAGAGCGCCUCCAAGUGGAGAAAGAGAGAAUGCAGUUGCACAAGGAUCAUCAGGGCCACUGAGAUCAUAACUACAUGGGAAGCAUUUGAUUUUCACCAGAUUCCAGGGUGCUUUUAGCACCAAACAAACACAGAACAUGUGGAUUUACAUCAGCAGAUGUUCCCUGAGCAGCAGAUGUUCCCUGAGCAGCAGCUGUUCCUCAAGUUUCCCACCUUUAAAGAUGUAAUAUGAUCAUUCCUGAUAUGAAUUUGACUAAGGAGAAGACUUGACCUGGAGGGCUGGCUUAUUUAUAACUAUCAUGAUAUUAUGAUGCCUUUAUGAAAACAAAAAUUUGACAGGACAGAAAAGAUGCCAUGGUGAUGAAAUCUUGGAUUUGUUUAGCACAAAUGUACAGCUGGCUAGCCCUGAAAAAAUAUAUUUGAUUCAUAAAAUGAAUAAUAAAAAUAAAAAUAAAAACAUGUAUGCAGGAGUAGCAAUGCAACACAUACAUGAAGAAAAUGUAUCAUGAUGUCUUAUUCUGCCUUUAUGCACCAUAUCAGUGCCAAUUAAUCUACAGUAUUGGUGCUUGUUUUUAAGAUUUAACACAGAAGAGGCUAGCAAUUUUUUAAAACAAUACUAUUUAUAUGUCUUGCUGUCUCGUGAUGUGUUACAAUAACCGUGACUUGUAUUAAUAGUAUGUGAUGAGCAUGCAGGAAAAGUAAA